UAUAUGAAAAUUUUCUUAACGUAUUAUUACUUCAAUAGGUCAGCAAUAAUUCGGCCCUAAAUCCGAACCCGAUCCGCGAAAAGGAUAACACUGCACAUUCGAUAGCUUGCUGAACAAUCCAGACUGAGGGGAUUUUGCUAAACAUUUUUGCGUUAGUACCAAUCAAGAUUUGGGAAUUGCAUUAGUGAUAAAUGAUUGUUGAAGAAAUGCAGAAAGCUAUAGGUGCUUACCGGGAAGUGCUGAGGCUAGUGAGGCGACUUCCAAAGGACACAAGGCCUUACUACGCUAAAUACGCCAGAGAAAACUUCGUCAACUACAGAGAAAUCGACUCUAAUGAUCCAAAUGCUCUCCAAGAACUCCUUCAACGCACUUACAACCAUUCUAUAUGGGUCCUCAAAAAGUAUUCGGUGGACCAAUCUGCGGCGGAUCGACUGAAGAAUAUAUGCUCUGCUUGAUGGUUCAUCUUGUCUACCGACUGUUUCUCUUCGGUCCUUGAUGGGUUGUAUUGUGGCAUCUAACAACAAAGCUAAAGCUUCCUUGAGCAUCGGGAGAAGUUCUCUGUUAGACAAUGAAAUGAUAACAUUAUUCUUCUUUAUUUAGGGCGUAAGUGUGUGAGUCUAGUUUUAUUGGAAGUCUCUGGUACUAGUUUUAUUGGAAGUCUCUGGUAAUAUAACUUCAAACUGCAGAUUUUCAACACAUAUAUCAUUCCUAGAUUUGGUUGUGUUUUACUUUUUUAGAGGUAUUCAUCCGGUAGAAUUAAUUUCUGAAUUGUAGUUUUUUCUGUAUGACAUAUUAAACACAGCACCCUAAUUAUCUUCAGGUUCAUGAAAUAGUGAAUGUCGAAAUGUUACUAUA